CGGAGCUUACGGCGUUCAGGUGACGGCAGCCCAGCUGGACGCGCGCGCGGAGAAACACAGAAGCAGCAUUUAUCCCCUUGCUACAGAAAAGAGAAGUCUAGUUGCGCAAUACUGGUUGGAAAGUGGGAAAAAAACCAGAUCAGCAUUAUGUUCAGCUGGGUGAACAAGGAGCAGGGUGGAAGAAACAAGGAGGGCGACAUGUUUCAAACGGUCACUGAGGGACUUCAAAGUCUUUACAGUAAAAAAUUACUGCCUUUGGAGGAAGCCUACCUUUUCCAUGACUUCCACUCACCGGCGCUGGAAGAAGCGGAUUUUCAGAGCAAGCCGAUGGUCCUUUUGGUGGGACAGUACUCCACAGGAAAGACCACUUUCAUAAGGUAUUUGCUGGAGCAAGAUUUUCCCGGUAUGCGGAUAGGGCCCGAGCCGACGACAGAUGGCUUCAUUGCUGUGAUGUAUGGGGAGACCGAGGGAGUUAUACCUGGAAAUGCGCUGGUGGUGGACUCCAAGAAACCUUUCAGGAAGCUCAAUGCCUUUGGAAACGCCUUUCUGAACAGGUUCAUCUGCUCUCAGGUCCCCAACCAAGUCCUACAGAGCAUUAGCAUCAUUGACACACCGGGUAUCUUGUCUGGAGAAAAACAGCGUAUUAGCAGAGGCUAUGAUUUCUCUGAAGUUCUGCGAUGGUUUGGUGAGCGUGUCGAUCGCAUCAUCCUCCUCUUUGAUGCCCACAAGCUGGAUAUCUCUGAUGAGUUCUCUGAGGCUAUCAGGGCCUUCCGUGGCCAGGACGACAAGAUCCGUGUGGUUCUAAACAAGGCUGACCAGGUGGACACACAACAGCUGAUGCGUGUCUACGGGGCCCUGAUGUGGUCUCUGGGCAAAGUUAUCAACACCCCGGAGGUGGUGAAGGUGUCCCUGGGCUCCUUCUGGGCCAAGCCCCUGCAGAACACAGACAACCGUCGGCUCUUUGAGGCUGAAGCACAGGACCUCUUCCGGGACAUCCAGGCCCUGCCACGCAAUGCUGCCCUGCGCAAGCUCAACGACCUCAUCAAAAGAGCCAGACUUGCCAAGGUGCAUGCCUAUAUCAUCAGCUAUCUGAAAAAGGAGAUGCCUUCUCUGUUUGGGAAAGAGAAGAAGAAGGAGGAGUUGAUUGCACACUUACCUGAGAUCUAUCAAAUGCUGCAGAGAGAACACCACAUCUCACCUGGAGAUUUCCCCAACGUCAACAAGAUGCAGGAACAACUCAUGCACUACGACUUCAGCAAGUUCCCCUCCCUGAAAAUGAAGCUGAUCGAAUCAGUGGACAAGAUGCUGAGCAGCAAGAUUGCACAGCUGAUGAACAUGAUCCGGGAGGAGGAGGGCAAACAGCCAGCUCCGACAGUGAUGGGCGGGGCUUUCGAAGGCUCUGAGGAUGGACCAUUUGGCCACGGCUAUGGCGAGGGUGUUAGUGCUGGAGCGGACACCGAGGACUGGAUUGUGAGUCGUGACAAGCCACAGUACGAUGAGAUCUUCUACACACUGAUGCCCAUCAACGGCAAGGUGACCGGCGUCAGUGCCAAGAAGGAGAUGAUGAACUCACGCCUGCCCAACACCGUGCUCGGAAAGAUCUGGAAGCUGGCCGACUGUGACAGGGAUGGCAUGCUGGACGAUGAGGAGUUCGCCCUGGCUCAGCACCUCAUAAAGAUCAAAUUGGAGGGCUACGAGCUGCCCUCAGAGUUACCGCCCCACCUGGUGCCCCCCGGCCACAGGAAGAACCCCACUGCAGACAUCCUGUACAACCACCAGGACGACUAAGACCCCUCACCAUAUGACCACAGCUAUUCAUAUAUAAACUUUAGCUAACAACUCACAUCGCAGCCUCAAUGGGAUGAUUCAACCAAAUGCUAACAUGGAUAACAAUAAAUCAAAUUUUCUGUUGCUAGUUAGCUUUAUUUUGCUUUCUAAUGAUAUGCCUUGUACAGAAUUCUGAAAAAGAACACAGUUUAAUGUUAUACUUAUUCCACCUGACACAAAAGGAAAUGAUCACAGACUUAGGUAGAGAGGUCUGCAUGGUCUGCGGUCAGUGCGUGUGCUACACAUACAUUUCGCAUGCUGAUCAACGGCAGACUUUCAAAUCAAGUAUUGCCAUUGUUGAGUGAGUUGACGAUGCCAAAACUGCAGCCAGAGUAAAUCAUCCAGCAAACAAAAAAGCUGUGAACCUAGUAUAACAUAUUUACAUCCAUAACAUGCACACACUAUAUGGCCAAAAGUAUGUGGACACCUAACUAAUCACACCUACAAUACCGGUCAAAAGUUUGGAGACACUCGACUGAAAUGUUUCUCAUGAUCUUUAAAAUCUUUUUAUGAUUGCAAUGUUUGAAAUCAGUGUUGUAGACAAAAAUAUAAUUGUGCCAACAUAUUCAUGUCUUUCAUUAGAAAACUAACAUUUUAUUUACAAAAAAAAUAUUCUUUUAAACGGAUGACUUGGAGUGAAAUAUUCAGAAAAGCAGCCAAUAAGUGUCCAGCGUAGGUGGGAAUUCCUUUAAUACUGUUUAAAAAACAUCUCAGGGAAAUCCUUCAAGAAAUCGGUCGAGAAAAUGCCAAGAAUACGUUUCUGGAAAUUCUAGGCAAAAAGUGCGUCUACUUUGAAAAUGAUAAAACAUAAAAUUAUUUUGAUUUAUUUUGGAUUUUUUAUCACAACAUAAUUCUCAUAGAUCUAUUUGUGUUACUCCAGUGUUUUGAUGACUUUAUUAUUAUUCUAAAAUCUGGGGGAAAAAAAUAAAAAUAAAGAAUGAGUGUGUCUAAAAUUUUAACUGGUAGUGUAUAUGAGGGUCUUCCCCAAACUGUUGCCACAAAGUUGCAUUAAAAUUUCAUUUCACUGGAACUAAGGGACCCAAACAUGUUCCAGCAUGACAGUGCCCCUGUACACAAACUGAGGUCCAUAAAGAUAUGGUGUGGAAGAACUUAAGUGGCCUGCACAGGGCCCUGACCUCAACCCAGCUGAACAUGUUUGGGAUGAAUUGGAACACCACCUUCAUCCCAGGCCUUCCUGUUCUUAUGGCUGAAUAUGUACAAAUCCCCACAUCCAUGCUCCAAAAUCUAGUGAAAGGUCUUCUCGGAAUUCUCCUUAUUAAUGCCUAUGGUUGUACAAUGGGAUGUUUAAUAGUCAGGUGUCUACUUACUUCUUUUUUUUUUGCCAUAUAUUGUAUUUAAAUUGAAGUUGUCAAGUCAACGCUUAAUUAUUCUUUUCAACAUUCGCUUGUAUUGUGCAGGUAUACAAGUGUGAAAGGAGUGUUUUAUUGGUAGCUAGUGUGUUAUAGAACCACGUUUGAUCUAGCACACAGUCUACUGUAGGUAACGUGAAAUAAAUAUCAUUUGAAUCCUAAUGGCAAACCAUUGCCAAUAUUAUUUUGCAGUUAGUUCACUGAUAGUGACACUGGCCCUUAUUCAACAAAGUUGCAUAGAAAUGAGCACAGACUGAGUCAGCUUCAGCUCACCAUCAUAUCCAUAUGAGACCCCAAUUUACCAUUAUAUAAUAUAUCUAAAUAACAUGAAACAUAUAAUUUUUGCGGUUUCAACAUAAUGCAAUAGGCUUGUCUUUUGCAAUCCUUUGUUUAGUGAAAUAGUUUUAUGUAGCUGAAUAUAGAUAGUUAUUAAUUUAGUGUGUGUGUGUUUUAUUAAGGUGUUGUUUAAGGCUUAAAUCAGGCAGAUAAUGGAUAGUUAUGGCUAUGUUCAUUCAUUUUAAAACUCAAAUAGGUCAGAUUUAACUGAUGUUGGAUUUAAACAAUGAAAGAAAUGAAUCAAACACUGAAAAACAAGGCUACCAAAAUAAGUAUAAUUGCAUCUAGAAUGUUUUAGUGUUUAGUGAAAUUUUGCAAUAAGCUCAAAAAAUGAUGAUAUACAGGCCCAACACUCAAUUCAAUUCAAUUCAGUUUUAUUUGUAUAGUGCUUUUUACAAUGGACAUUGUCUCAAAGCAGCUUUACAGAUAUAUAUAAACACAGGAUGCAGAUAUUAAAUGUGUGAAUUUAUCCCUACACUCUACAUCCUGGUCAGAGCUUCAUGAUCCUUUUUUAUUAUUAUUCUUAUACUGAUAUUGAAUAUUUGACUGAAUUUUUUUUUUGUUUGUUUGUUCAGGUUCCGAAAUUAUUAUGAUUUGAUUUCCAAGCACUCUGAUCCAACAAAGAUGAAACUGAUGAAUGAGGAAACCGGUGGUGUAAUUUACAUGCACUCGAUUUACGAUCAGAUUUGACUGUACAUAACUUUAAUGAAUAAGGGCCAAUGUUCCAUUUAAUUAAAUUGUAUUAAAGGGCAUCUGAAGGUUUUCAUUUGUAGGCUUACGUAGUCUAAAUGAGUUGGUCAUUUUAACAAUGACAACAACAACAACAACAACAAAAUGUGUUAUGAUUCUAAUGCUAAUAAUUAGUUGCUACUAAUAGUGUGCAUUAGUGCAACAAGCUCAUGCUUGUUGGUCCAGGUGAAUCGUUGUGCUCGAAAACAAAUUGUACAACUGGAAAACAAAUCGAAUUACUUUUAAUGUAUAUAAAGAUAAAAAUAGAUGAAAUAAUUUCAUCUUGAUUUCAGAAAAAGCAACCUGCUAGGCUGCUGCAAACAAACUGCACUAAAUGGACAUUGUUUCCUGUUGAUGUUAGUGUAUUACGUGAGCUUUUCACUUUGUCAGUAUCACUUUUGCUUCAGUGUCUCAUGAGCAGGGUUGGGAGGGUUACUUUAAAAAUGUAUUCCGUUACAGUUACAAAUUACUUCAUAAAAGAUUUAAUCAGUAACGUAAUCCAAGUAUCACAAUAUGAAAGUAAUGUAAUCUGAUUAUUUUUGGAUUAUGUCAAGGUCACAUAUGUACAUAAAGUCAAGAGAAAUCAAUAUGAUGUGAAAUACUUUUAUUUAGAGCUUAUUUUAGCUUAAAAACAUGUUCAGAGUUUGGGUUUAUUUUAAUAAAAUAAAUAGUUAAAUAAAUAAAUAAAAGAUCACUGUCCCUAAUGCGGGUAACGUUACAUCACAAAACCUAGGGUGAACAUAUUCUGAUAUAUUUUUUUGGUGGUGGUGGGGGGUGCUGUGUGUCUUAAUAGCGUUCAAAACAGUGUUACUAUGAAUGCAGACUUUAAUAAACAGAAAAAGACACACUAUUAGCAUCACAUAAACACAUAAACAUAUAUAAAUAAAAUUGGUUUCACUCUGAGAUGGCAGGAAUUACAGAGAGGGGUUAAAGCAAUGCAAAAUAUGCGCACACACGUUGCAGUAUUAGACCAUAAGCACAUCAUAAUGAAAAUAAAGCCGAAUCCCGGACAUUUUACUCAAAUUUAGAAAUCCGCCUUUUUAAGUUCUGAUAAAGAGGACAUGUCCGGGAAAAAGAGGACGUAUGGUCACCCUAACAAAAAGCAUUUCAGAGAACAAUUUGUGUUCAUUUCUACCAAAUUAACUUUGUGCAAAAUUUAUUUGCGCAUGCACCAGGAGGUUGCUCACGUGAACUAUAAUCAAGCAGCUGUCUAUAUUGUGUUAUGUCAAAAGAUUCAUUUCUUUGGUUUUAAAUGAAAAAAAAUGAAUCCUGGUAGUAUUCCCAUUUUUUAUUUAUUUAUUUAUUUAUUUUUACAAAAUGUACCUGUAAUCUGAUUACUUUUUUUUUUUUUGUAACUGUAACUGAUUGCAUUUACCAGUUUUUUGUAUCCUGAUUACGUAACGCCGUUACACGUAUUCCGUUACUCCCCAAGCCUGCUCGUGAGAAGUUAAUGUGAUAUUAUUACAGUUACAUUUAACACGAUAAUUGCUAAAUUAUAAUAACAGGAUUUUUUCCCCACGCAAAUCUGUAGCUCUUAGACAGUUUUGUUCAUGUAAUAAUUCCCUCCAGUGUUACAUCACACCAGAUGGCAAUGUACAUUGGUGUAGAGUUACACCCAGCCUGGUUAGUGGCUCCAAAGUAGUAUUAUUCACAGUAAUCCCUCAGUACAGCAGUGCUCAUUUUUACCUGAUUGAAUAUUGUAUUCUUACAGUACCCUUCAAAUGAAUGAUUUCAACUGACUAGUUUUCUUUGCGAUCAGUGUUUAUGAAGAGAUUGGCUCUUUGAGGACACUGAAUAAAAGUAAUAUUCCAACUGUUAACAUUACUGUAUAUGUGAUUAAUGUAAAACACUUUCAGUGUUAAUAAACAGGUUUAAUGUGUAGUGAGGGGAAAAGGAGCUUUUCAGAUGUUACAUAAAGACAUGUACAUGUCAUGUACUUACUAACCAUUAAAUUCCUUUUUUGAUGAUCAGUCAUUUUUCAUAAGCAUGUUGUUUUAAUCAAUGUAAUACUGUUACCUAUGAGGUCAAAUGGUUUCAAACUGCAACCUGAUUUCAAAUUGAUUGUAAUUUUAUUUGGGGUAUUUAUCUACAAAUAUUCUAGAAAUACAGAAAUUCUACUUGUUUUAGUUUUUGUUUUAUGUUAUUAUUUUAACUAAAAACGCUUUCCUAAGUGUUGUCUCUUUUUUCAUGUUAGUUUAUAGUGCUUAUACUGCGUUUUCUUUAAAGAUCCAUGGCAUUAUAAUGUCUAGCAUAUCACUGACUGUAAACAAAUCACAUUCAUAUACUCCUCAUUGAAAUAAAGGAAUAUGUAGAUAUUAAAUAAUAUUUAACG